AUAAAUUUAAUCCCUAAAAUUUAUAUUCCUGCACAAUUUUAUUAUAUGUUUGGAGGUUUAUUUAAUUUAUAUAAAUUUAAAAUCUGUGUAGAUUUUAAAUCCCAAAAAGCUGGAAAUCAAAUGUCCCAAAAACUAGAUUAAUGUGCCUAGUGGGGGCGAAUGAAGACGGGCCUUCUCCUGCGUGAGAGAGAGAGAGAGAGAGAGAGAGAGAUGGGGAGCAUGGGAAUAGAAGCGCUGAGCGCUUACAGAUCGCUGUUGCGAGCGACUAGAAAAUCGUUUGCGGGGGACACCGUAAUGCUGAAGGGAUCCGCAGCGGAGAUUCGUAAGAAAUUUGAGGAGAACCGAAACGUCACCUCCCAAACCGACAUCCAGAGGCUCCUCGACGAGGCUCGCGAGGCUUCUCACUUCAUCUCAACCAUGAUCGUCCAGGCCAAGCUCAACUCUCGCGGCGGUUACGAAUUGAAGCCAAGUAAAGAACAUGCUGGAGCAACACUUGAAAUACCUUCUGAGGAACUUCUGAAAAAAUCUAUUUAGGGUUAAGUGGGCAGGUUAAGAUUGUAUGGGAGCAGCACUUGAACUAUACUUUCUUAAAGAAAUUCUUAAGAGACAGCCGGUUUAAAGGGGGAAUGGACUAUUCAGGAGGCAAUAGGUCAUCUGUGGCUCAAAAUACUUCAACUGUGCCAUCCAAUUCAAUGGCAGUUGAUCCAACCUAGUUUCUUUGAGGCAACUAGAGCGGGAUUUUUUUGUCUUCUGAAUGUUUAAGCAAUGCUAUUUGUUUAGUUAGCAUUUUACCAGUUUUGCUAUAAAUACAGUUUAGUAGUUUCAGGCUCAUAUGCUUGUACAUCACAUUUUUGUACUUCUUGAAAAUUUCAUGCACCCUCUUCCCUACCA